CUGCGAGGAUUAUGUUUCGUUUUCAUUUCCCGGAAGGGUCGAAUGUGAAAAUCGUACAGCAUUUAUUUAAUAAGAUAACGUCUUUUAUUUUCAUUUAGAAUUGAGUUUGGCCUAGUUGAACCUUUAGAUUAUUUCAUGUAGUGGACGAACGGGACAUCUGCUUACGAGGAAACCAUGCUGUUUUUUUGCUCCAUCGAAUAAAGACAUUUCCAUGGCGAACACCUUCCCGUCACCUUCGAUCAAGGAAGAAAACGGAGCAAAUAAUCCAUCUGAAAUGCAAGGAAUUCAAGUCAACCUUCCUCCAAGUGUGAUUCACCCCCCACCUAAUCAGGUUCUUUUAGUCAGUUCUCCAACUCAGGAAGACCUGUGGCAGCUACCUGGACGCCUGAGAAUAAACCCAUCUCUGUGGGACAAGGAAGAUGUUGCCCACUGGCUCUAUUGGGCUCAGAAGGAGUACUCACUGCGAAAGCCAGAAAAGGGAUGUUUUGAAAUGAAUGGCAGAGCCUUGUGCCUCCUUACCAAAGAAGACUUCAGACGCCGCUGCCCCAGCUCAGGAGACGUUCUGUAUGAGAUCCUUCAGUGUGUGAAGCAGCCAAGGAGAAAUGUUGUCUGUGAGCCCCCUAAUACAUUGUCUUCUGUGGCAAGUGGGCACAUUCUGGUUGAAGCCAGUUGCCAGAUACCCUCUCACACUGUGCAAGAGCCACAGUCUUUGACAGUUAGUGGCCCACCAGUAUCACAUCCUGCCACCACUACAGUGUCUGCAGCUGUUGGAGCCACUGUGAGCAGCGCACCUGAGCCUGUGUCACCUCUAAGAGAUCGCCCCAUCAUUCACCCCUACACUGUUCCACUCACACAUAAUACUGUAUCUACACUUCCGCACAAACAAGGUCAGUGUCCUCCCCUAACAGAGAACUUCCUCCAGGAGCCUCUAAACCUGUCCAGUCGAGAGAAGCCAAGGAGUCCACUGCACAAAGCCAAUGGUCGCAUCCCAGAGUGCAGACUGCUGUGGGACUAUGUGUAUCAGCUGCUGUGCGAUGACCGCUACCAUGACUACAUUCGAUGGGAAGACACAGACCGCCUGGUGUUCAGGGUAGUUGACCCCAAUGGAUUGGCACGUCUGUGGGGAAACCACAAGAACCGGGACAACAUGACCUAUGAGAAAAUGUCCCGUGCCUUGCGUCACUACUACAAGCUCAACAUCAUCAAAAAAGAGCGAGGACAAAAACUCCUCUUCAGGUUUCUGAAACUCCCACAGGGCAUCAGGAAACAGCAGGCUGAUGCUGCUGGGUCCCCUGGGCGCACUCCACCUCAGGAUGGGGACUUUCAAGACAACAGCCCCGUACAUGAAUUCAUUGAGGAUCAUUUUGAGGUUUCACCCGAUCGGGCUUCUCCACAGUCUUCUUCAGCGGCUGCUGAAGUGAGAUAAACAAACAAACAAACAAAAAACAAAACAAAACAAAAAAACAAAUGGGGAUGAAAGUACAACAAUACUAAAACUCAUCUCAAUUGCAGCUGAUUUUUUUUCUGUCUUUGCUGUUAAUGACUAUAAAUGUGAUCUGGAUUAACACUAACAAGAAAACUUGUGGUACAAAAUAA